CUCACUCACACACAUGGUUACAGCAGACGCUUUAAGAGCUCCUAACUGCGCAGAUAGGAGGCAAUCAGCAUCAAUAUUAUCUGACGCAUUUCUACUAGUUGUCUAACUAAAAGCAAACAUACUGCAUUCAAAUUCAAGCCCGUCAAAUGCAGGACACGGUAAAUAUGGCGGCUGAAUCAGAAUUUGAUGAAGAAGAGGAGCCUUUGUUCAGCGAUCCGGAGGAUUUUGUGGAAGACAUCGAUGAUGAAGAAUUGUUGGAGGAUGUUUUAAGGGAGAGACCUUUGGAGGCUGAUGGGAUUGAUUCAGUGGUCGUGGUGGACAACGUUCCCCAGGUGGGCCCUGAACGUCUGGAGAAACUGAAAAAUGUGAUCCAUAAAAUCUUCUCCAAGUUUGGUAAAAUCACUAACGAAUUUUACCCUGAAGCGGCUGGGACCACCAAAGGGUAUAUCUUUCUGGAGUAUUUGUCCCCUAACCAGGCUCUGGAAGCAGUUAAGAAUGCAGAUGGUUACAAGCUGGACAAACAGCACACAUUCAGAGUAAAUCUGUUCACAGAUUUUGAUAAGUACAUGAACAUCAGUGACCAAUGGGAAAGCCCUGAAAAACAGCCUUUUAAAGACUUUGGCAACAUGAGGCACUGGCUUGAGGAUGCAGACUGUCGUGAUCAAUACAGUGUAAUUUAUGAAUCAGGAGAACGAACUGCCAUAUUUUCCAGUGACCCAAAGGAGGUGAUACUGGUUGAAGAGAGAGCUCGCUGGACAGAGACUUACGUCCGCUGGUCACCCAAAGGGACGUACCUGGCCACUUUUCACCAACGAGGAAUUGCAUUGUGGGGUGGAGAGAAGUUCAAGCAGAUACAAAGAUUCAGCCACCAGGGUGUGUCUCUCAUUGACUUCUCCCCAUGUGAGAGGUAUGUGGUGACAUUCAGCCCACUGAUGGACACUAAAGAAGACCCUCAAGCCAUCAUCAUCUGGGAUAUCCUGACCGGACAGAAGAAGCGAGGUUUCCAUUGUGAGAGUUCAGCACACUGGCCUAUUUUUAAGUGGAGUCAGGAUGGGAAAUUCUUUUCCAGAAUGACACAAGACACUCUCAGUAUCUAUGAAACCCCUUCAAUGGGCCUGCUAGAUAAGAAGAGUUUAAAAAUAAGUGGAAUAAAAGAUUUCUCUUGGUCACCGGGAGACAACAUCAUUGCCUUUUGGGUCCCAGAAGACAAGGACAUUCCAGCCAGGGUAACGCUAAUGCAGUUCCCAUCCCGUUUAGAGAUUCGGGUGCGGAAUCUUUUCAACGUGGUGGACUGCAAGCUUCACUGGCAACGACAGGGUGACUACUUGUGUGUGAAGGUGGACCGAACGCCCAGAGGAACACAGGGUGUCGUCACAAACUUUGAGAUUUUCCGCAUGAGAGAGAAACAGGUUCCUGUUGAUGUGGUGGAGAUGAAAGAGAGCAUCAUUGCAUUUGCCUGGGAGCCCAACGGCAGUAAGUUUGCGGUACUACAUGGAGAAUCUCCCAGAAUAAAUGCCUCAUUUUACCACGUCAAAAGCAACGGCAAGAUUGAGCUCAUAAAGAUGUUUGAUAAGCAGCAGGCCAACAGUAUCUUUUGGAGUCCUCAGGGUCAGUUCAUGGUACUGGCAGGACUGCGGAGUAUGAACGGUGCGCUUGCAUUCGUGGACACAUCGGAUUGUACCAUUAUGUAUAUCGCGGAGCAUUACAUGGCCUCUGAUGUGGAAUGGGACCCUACAGGCAGAUAUGUGGUGACUUCUGUUUCCUGGUGGAGCCACAAAGUGGACAAUGCAUACUGGCUUUGGACGUUCCAGGGACGCCUUCUGCAAAAGAACAACAAAGACAGAUUCUGCCAGUUGUUAUGGAGACCACGCCCUCCUACUUUACUCAGUCAAGAUCAAAUAAAGGCAAUUAAGAAGGACCUCAAGAAGUAUUCAAAAAUCUUUGAGCAAAAGGACAGACUGAGCCAAUCCAAAGCUUCCAAGGAGUUAGUGGACAAACGUCAUCUGAUGAUGGAAGAAUACAGGCAGUACAAAGAAAGUGCCAUUCAGCUUUACAACCAGCAGAGAGAGCUGCGCCUUCAGCUCAGAAGAGGUGUGGACACAGAUGAGCUGGACAGUAAUGUGGAGGACUGGGAAGAGGAAACCAUCGAGUUCUUCAUCAGUGAAGAGAUCAUUUCUAUCUGAGAUCUGAAGUAGACCUACAUGGAAAGCACCCAUGUUUCCAGCUCUAAGACAAAAUACUCACCCCCAGAGGUCACCGCCACAGGACCUUUACAAGUGCUUUGUAUGAGAGACACUAUGUUGACAUGCACAGUUAUAAUAGAGCGGGGUUUUUGCGUAGUCGAGCAAAAAAUUCACACAAGUAUGCAAAUGAAAAUUUAAAGUCGCCAUGAAACAAAUUCUUGGCGACUUGGCGAAAGUUGCGAUUGGCUUUUCUUCCCUAUUGUGAUGUAUAUCCAAGUAAAACAGCUUCUCGAACAAGAAAAAAUUAUGGGUGGGACUUAAUUUUGUCCAUCAGGAAUUGAUUGGAUGGUUGUGGUUUGCUAUUGCUGUGAUGUCAUGUGAGUGACAGGUUGUCCCGCCCUCACGUCAGUAAACCCGUCAUCACAGAAGAGAAGAGAUGUCACUGCAAGAGGGAGGAGAAGUUAUUUUGAUUAAAGAUUAUGAAGGCACAUUAAUUAAAAAAAAAAAAAAAAUGAUGUGCACGGAUAAAUCAUUUAUAAUAAAUACUGCAUGCAAUAUUCCAUAAACCAGGAAUUAUCCAUUUUGAUUUCAUGGUGACUUUAAAGAAUGAAAAAACCUCUGUGUUUUGGAGCAACUGUUCAAAGCUGAGGCCAACUGUAGUCUGAUUAAUGUUUAAACAUGCUGGACGAAGCUGAGCUAGAUCUGUUGACUUCGCAACAACCAGACUGGUACAAUUUCAGUCAGGACUAAAGCAUUUACAUGACAUUUAAAAUUGAUGAAUUGUUGUUUAAGUCCAACUAAAUUCAAACUUUUAAACACAUUUACUGAUUCACAUAUUCCUGCUGAGAAGGGAUGUUGUUUAAUUUUAAGAUGAAUUUUAAGUAAGAGCUCAUAUUCUUAAAGGGUUGGUUCACCAAACUUAAAUUUCUGUCAUUAAUUACUCACCCUCAUGCCGUUCCACACCCGUAAGACCUUCGUUCAUCUUCAGAACACAUAUUAAGGUAUUUUGAUGAAAUCUGAGAAGUUUUUUAUCCUCCAUUGAAAGCACUGAAAUGAUCACAUUCAAGGUCAAGAAAAGUAGUAAAAACAUUGUUAAAAUAGUCCACGUGACUACAGUGGUUCAACCUUAAUGUUAUGAAGCGACGAGAAUACUUUUUGUGCGCAAAAAUCAAACCAAAAUAACGACUUUAACAAAUUUGUCUCUCCCCUGUCAUUCUGCUAUGCUAUUUACGUUGCAGUGCUUCCAGGUUCUACGUCAGAAUGACUAUUUUAAUGAUGUUUUUACUACUUUUCUGGACCUUGAAUGUGGUAAUUUGAUUGCUUUCAAUGGAGGAUAAAAAAAACUCGGAUUUCAUCAAAAAUAUCUUAAUUUGUGUUCCAAAGAUGAACGAAGGUCUUACAGGUGUGGAACGACAUGAAGGUGUGUAAUUAAUGAGAGAAAUUUCAUUUUUGGGUGAACUAUCCCUUUAAAUCUCCCUUCAUACAAUGUUCUUGUAGCAUUCGCUGAAAGCAGUAAAGGGCAGUGAUUUAUCAUUUGCUAUUCUUCUGACAGAGCAAGAAAAGUUUUGUGGGUUAUUUUGUGGGUUAUUUUCUUUGUAUUUUACUUGAAUUUCCCAUAGAAUGAAAUUGUUUUAAAGCUUCCAUACAAACAUACAAGAUUGUGUAUGUUUACUCCCCUGUAAUAAAUGUAAACAACUUAA